AUGGUUGCGGACAUCACAGGCACCCCGUCCCGGACCAUUGUCGAUGGGGCGCUCCAGGUUCUUGAGAAUCUGGAUCACAGAGGUGCUCGCGGCUGUGAAAAGGACACUGGUGAUGGUGCUGGCAUCCUGUGUGGGAUUCCAGACCGCUUUAUGCGGCGUGUUGCGUCGGAGAUGUCAGUGGAGCUGCCACCUCCUCGCGAGUAUGCCGUGGGCAACGUCUUUCUGGACAGGGGUGAAGAUGGCACUGCGGAAGGCAAGCGCAUUUUUGAACAGGUGUGUGCUUCGAUCGAUGGUCUCCGAAUGAUUGCCUGGCGACGGGUGCCAGUGGAAUCUGAUUGCCUGGGCAAAACUGCCAGAGAUCAUGAGCCAACCAUCGAGCAAGCCUUCAUUGCCGCCGAAGGUGAGCUGAAGACAAACCUCACGAAGUUUGAGGCCGCCCUCUUCGUCCUCCGAAAGCGUGCUGCCAACAUGGCGGCUCAACAGCCAGGAUUACCCUUCUAUGUGUGCUCUUUGUCGCCAAGAAUCAUCAACUACAAGGGCAUGCUCACAUGUCCAGGUCUCGUCAGAUAUUUUCUGGAUCUGCAAGAGGAUGACUUUGAGUCUCAUGUGGCGCUUGUUCACAGUCGCUUCUCCACGAACACCUUCCCUGCGUGGCGCCGCGCACAUCCCUUCCGCCACAUCUGCCAUAACGGGGAAAUCAACACGCUGAAAGGAAACGUCAACUUCGCUCGAGCACGCGAAGGGCUGAUGAAGUCUGAGCUUUUGGGUGCUGACCUGGAGCAGUGCUUUCCAUUGAUGGAGCUGGACCAAACCGACAGCGGAAUCUUUGACAACUUCUUGGAAGUACUGACAAUCUCAGGCCGCACGCUGCCAGAAGCAGUGGCCAUGAUGAUGCCUCCUGCAUGGGAGAACUCGGACUCCAUGGACCCAACGCUGCGCGACUACUACAAGUACCAAGCUGCCAUCAUGGAACCCUGGGAUGGGCCAGCUCUGGUUUGUUUUACAGAUGGCGAUGGUGUCGGAGCUUCGCUUGACAGGAAUGGCCUCAGACCUUGCCGAUACUAUGUGACGAAGGACAACAAGCUUAUCGUCUCCUCGGAGUGCGGCGUGCUCAAGAUGCCUCCGGAUAGCAUCGUGGCAAAGGGCCGCCUGUCACCAGGCAAGAUGCUCUGGGCAGACUUCAGCAAGCACACCUUGACCCAAGACGGCGACCUGAAGUCGCAGUUCGCUUCAGUCUCGCCAUGGGGAGAUUGGCUGAAGAGCGAAGCAAUGACCAUGGAGACACUGCUGAAUGCAGGCUCGACAACCGUAACGUCAAUCCCAGACGAUCUGCGGGCUCCCCUGCUGCGCGCUUUCGGCUACACGCAGGAAUCCUUGGAAUUGCUUCUCCUUCCGAUGGGCAAAGAUGGUGAGGAAGCCCUGGGGAGUAUGGGCAAUGACACACCUCUGGCCUGCCUGUCCGAGCAAAACCGUCCGGUCUUUGACUUCUUCUACCAGCUGUUUGCACAGGUGACCAACCCACCCAUCGACCCGAUUCGCGAGUCUGUCGUGAUGUCGCUAGGAUGCUGGGUGGGUCCGGAGACCAACGUCCUGGGCUCACCAAGUCCUCAGCAUUGCCAGCGGCUAUGGUUGGACAAGCCUUGCUUGCUUCCAGCUGAGAUGGCUGCCUUGACCCACACCAACAAGCUCAAGGGUUGGCAGAUCAAGUCCUGCGACACGACUUUCCCAGUGACUGAAGGUGCUACGGGCCUGGAGCGCCAUCUUGCGCGCGUUGCCAAGGAGGCCACCACAGCAGCAAAGAAUGGCUUCCAGAUCAUCGUCCUUUCGGACAGGGCAGCUUCCGAGCAGCACGCCCCGAUGCCGUCGCUGCUCAUCUGCGGCGCUGUGCACCAGGCGCUCGUCUCUGAGAAGCUCCGGACCAAGGUGGCACUUGUCCUUGAGAGUGGGGAGCCCUUCGAAGUGGCACAUCAUGCGCUGUUGCUGACCUUUGGUUGUGAUGCCAUCUUCCCGUACAUGGCCUACGAAGCUCUUACCUUGCUUGGAGAAGAGGGCAAGUUCGGAAGCGAGUGGUCAAAGGAGGAGAAAUUUGCCAAAUACCAAAAGGCUGUGGGAAAGGGCCUGCUGAAGAUCAUGGCAAAGAUGGGCAUCUCUACUUUGCGCAGCUACAAGGGGGCCCAGAUUGCCGAUGCCAUUGGUUUGAGCAAGGAGGUGGCGGAAAUGUGCUUCACUGGCAUUGCAAGUCAGCUGAGCGGUUUGGGAUUUGAGCAGAUUGCUCUGCGCACGCUCUCUGUUCACGACCGUGGCUUCUCGCCCGACGGUGGAUACACUGUGAAGAGCUUGUUCUCGAGCUUGCCCAACGAGGGCAAGUACCAUUACCGCCAAGGAGCUGAUGCAGAGAAGCAUCUUAACGAUCCAAUGGUCAUUGCCAAGCUGCAGGAGGCAGCCAGAACCAACUCGCGGGCAGCUUACGCCUCCUUUGCGACCCUUCACAACAAUCUGGUCAAGGCAUCGUCCAUCCGUGGGCAGCUGGACUUCAAGCCGCCCAGGCAGUACGGCCGAGCGCCGCUUCCUUUGGAGGCUGUUGAGCCUGCGAGCGAAAUCGUCAAGCGCUUCCGCACAGGUGCCAUGUCCUACGGGUCCAUUUCCAUGGAGGCGCACAGCACGCUGGCAAUUGCACUGAACCGGCUGGGUGGAUUCUCCAAUACCGGGGAGGGCGGCGAAGAUCCAGCGAGGUACGAGCCGCUGCCCAAUGGAGAUUCUUUGAAGUCGGCCAUCAAGCAGGUCGCAUCCGGCCGCUUCGGUGUCACGAUGGAGUAUCUCUCUAACGCACAAGAAUUGCAGAUCAAGAUGGCUCAGGGUGCCAAGCCCGGUGAAGGAGGAGAGCUUCCAGGAAAAAAGGUGCAUGGAGGCAUUGCAAAGACACGAAAUUCCACGCCUGGCGUUGGCCUCAUUUCACCUCCACCUCAUCACGACAUUUACUCGAUCGAAGACCUCGCGCAGCUGAUCUUUGAUCUCAAGAAUUCCAACCCGGACGCAGGUGUUAGCGUCAAGCUUGUGAGCGAGAUUGGAGUCGGUGUUGUCGCUACUGGUGUGGCCAAGUGCAAGGCUGACCACAUCCUCAUCAGCGGCUGUGAUGGUGGUACUGGUGCAUCCAAGUGGACGGGCAUCAAGCAUGCAGGUGCUCCAUGGGAGAUUGGCCUGGCUGAGACUCAUCAGACACUCGUGCUGAAUGGUUUGCGUGGUCGUGUGACCUUGGAGACUGAUGGACAGCUCCGCACUGGUCGGGAUGUGGUGAUCGCUGCCCUCCUGGGAGCUGAGCGCUUCGGCUUUGCCACGGCACCGCUCAUAGCAAUGGGCUGCAUCAUGAUGCGCAAAUGCCAUCUCAAUACAUGCCCUGUGGGAAUCGCGACUCAAGAUCCGGUGCUGCGAAAGAAGUUCGAGGGAUUGCCGGAGCAUGUGGUCAACUACCUCAUGCUGGUGGCCGAGGAGGUGAGAGUGCUCAUGGCGAAGAUGGGAUUCCGCAAUAUGGAUGAGCUCAUCGGCCAUGCUGAGGUGCUGCGGACUGACCCUGCUGUUCGCACUGGGCCACUUCUGUUGGAUCCUAUCCUGGCAGCAGCACACUCACUGCCUGAUGCUGGCAAGAUGGGUAACAUCGAGAACCGCAAGCUUUAUGGGCAGGAGCACUUCAUGGUUCUGCAAAGGAUGAUUGACCGCACGCUUGUGGAGGACUGCAAGAUGACUUUCCGCUAUGGCGAGCGCUCCUAUGUUCAGUACAAUCACCUGAACAAUGCAGACCGAACCUGCGGGACGUUGUUAUCUCAUGAGAUCUUCAAGCGAUGGGGCAACAGCCUCCCACCCGGAACAUGCCACAUGAAGCUUUUCGGCACCUCGGGCCAGUCGUUCGGUGCGUUCUCUGUGAAGGGAGUGCUUUUGGAGCUGGAGGGUGACUCACAGGACUACUUCGGCAAGGGCUUGAGUGGAGGUGCUCUUGUUGUGUACCCACCCAAGAAGGCUUUGGAGCAGGGCUUCGAAGCGGCCAAGAACAUCAUCAUCGGAAACACCGCUCUGUACGGGGCAACCUCCGGCGUUUGUUUCGUCAACGGCAUUGCUGCAGAGCGCUUCGCAGUCCGCAACUCGGGCGUGUGGGCUGUUGUGGAGGGAGCUGGUGACCACUGCUGCGAGUACAUGACAGGCGGUCGUGUCCUUGUGCUUGGACCGGUUGGCGACAACUUCGGUGCAGGCAUGAGCGGCGGCAUCACCUGGAUUUGGGACCCUUCCAAGACCUUUGAGGGCCGAUCUGUGUCGCAGGACCUGGAGAUUGGACGGUUGGUGGCAGGCGACAGCUCAGAUGUGUAUCCGCAUGAAGAGAAGGACUUGCAAAUGCUUCUCAGUGCCCACAAGAACUGGACCAACAGCAAGCAGGCUGAGGAAAUCUUGAAGCGCUGGCCCGCCUGCGUGUCGGAGUUUGUUCGCGUCUUCCCCAAGGACUUCAAAGCUGCUGUCAAGGCAGCCAUUGACCGUGGAGAGCACACGCCAAUAGGCUCCAUGCGCGAGUACCUUCCUCAUCAGGAAGCUCUCAAUGAUCAUUCCAACAAGCAGCGUAUCCGAAAGCAGCCGAAGGUCAGGAAGAAUUCAUUUCAGGACGACUCCACCCCUGUCAGCAUGGACAUUGAAGAUGUCGCCUUGUUCCAGAAGACCACGAAGGGAAAUCGCCCCAAGAAGAUUGAGGACUCCAAGCAGGUGGCCACAUCGAACCGAGGCUUCCUGGAGGUGGACCGAGGUGAUCUUCCGAAGCGAGGAGUUGAGGAGCGCGUCGCGGACUUCAAAGAAAUCCUCGCGAAGAAGGAUGAGGUAGAGGUUCAGACGCAGGCAUCUCGCUGCAUGGACUGCGGAACUCCUUUCUGCCAUCAGUCGGUGACAGACAAGUCCGGCUGUCCUCUGGGCAACCUCAUCCCGGAGUGGAAUGACCUAGUGCGGAAGGGUGCAUGGUUCGAUGCUUUCAAGCGCCUCAUGGCCACCAACAACUUCCCGGAGUUCACUGGGCGAGUUUGCCCGGCUCCUUGCGAAGGCGCCUGCACACUUGGUAUCAUUGAUGAACCGGUGGCCAUCAAGUCCGUGGAGCUGAGCAUCAUUGACAAGGCGUACGAGAUGGGCUGGAUGGUGCCAAGUCCGCCCAAGGUCAGAACAGACAAAAGGAUUGUCAUUGUGGGUUCCGGGCCCUGUGGCUUGGCAGCCGCAGAUCAGCUCAACAAGAUGGGGCAUCGGGUGACAGUCCUCGAGCGAGCUGACCGCAUUGGAGGCCUGAUGAUGUAUGGUGUGCCCAACAUGAAGACUGACAAGAUGGAUGUUGUCCAACGACGAGUAGACAUCAUGAAGAGAGAGGGCAUUACCUUCAUAUGCGGCCCUGCUGGACGUGUUGCAGAGAGCGUUGAGGCACACAUUGAGGGUACAAACAUGGGCCCACGAGCCUCGCAGCUGUUGGAGGAAUACGAUGCCGUUUUGCUUGCUGUUGGUGCCACUGUUGCCCGCGACAUGCAAUCGGUGCCAGGCCGUGACUUGAGCGGCGUUCACCUGGCUAUGGACUACUUGACCCACAACACCAAGGCUCUGUUGGAUGGUGGUGACGUCAGCAACAAGUGGCGCCGGUGGUGGGGAGCAAAGAAGAACGGUUUCGAUCCAAAGACGCUGGAUGCCAAGGACAAGAAAGUCAUCGUCAUCGGAGGCGGUGACACUGGCAAUGACUGCAUCGGCACAGCUGUUCGACAGGGUGCCAAAGCAGUUGUGAACCUGGAGCUCAUGGGAAAGCCGCCAAAGCAGCGAGCUCCGCACAACCCUUGGCCCCACUGGCCCAUGGUGUUCAAGGUCGAUUACGGUCACGAGGAGGCCGCCAAGCAGCUGAACAGUGAUCAGGACAUUCGCCACUACGGGGCUCUCACCAAGGAGUUCCUGGAUGACGGCAAUGGAAAUGUGAAGGGCAUCAAGAUGGUGAACGUUCGAUGGGAAAAGAUUGACGGGCAGAUGCGCAUGAUGGAGCAGCCUGGCAGCGAGAGAAUCAUCGAAGCCGAUCUGAUCCUGCUUGCGCUUGGCUUCCUGGGCCCUGAGAACCCUUUGGCAGCUGCCUUCGGCGUCGACAUGGACGAGCGGGGUAACUACAAGGCUCUGUACCAGAAGAGCGAGGGAGAUUUCCAAACGUCAAACCCGAAGGUCUUCGCGGCGGGUGACUGCAGACGCGGACAGUCUCUCGUUGUGUGGGCCAUCAAGGAGGGUCGCGAUGCUGCUACGGCUGUCAACGGCUACCUUACAAACGAGUACCCGGCGUGA